UAGAGCUCUGGAAACGGCUGCAUCUUGGAUUUGCUCUCGCCACAGUUGGAAGAUACCGGCCUCAAGACGACGACUUUCCUGCAGCACUUUAAGGACGUCGUCACGACGAAGUUCACCGGGCGGGACCACCAUCUGCCGCCGCUGCACCCUGCACAUCCCGCCCACAUCCCGCACCAGCAGUCGGCGCUGCACCACCACCACCACCAGCCGCACCAGGCUGUUGCCCAGAGCUUCUCCACCAUUUUCCCCACGUAUCUAGGCAUGGACCGCACCGCCGCCGCCGGCGGUUGUGGUGCGGCGGGGGGUGGCGGUCUAGGUGUGGGUGUGGUCACUAGCUCGGCUACAGCCCUCGGCCCCGGCGGCAUAGCCAAUGGGGGUGGGGGCGUGGUCAGCGGAGCGCUGAACGGCCUGGAGGCAAUGUCGGCCGAGUCCACGGGUCUGUGCCUGCAGGAUCUGGUGAGCGCAGGAACGGCCAAUGGAGCUGGCUCGGCGGGAUCGGCGGAGAGCGCCACCACAACCAGCACAGCCCUGAGCAGCGGCAGCACCGGUAGCUCAACGGUUAAUGGCGGCGGCAGUAGCACCUCGGGCACAGAGCACCUCCACAGCCACCACAGCCUCCACGACUCCAGCUCGUCCGUCAGCAUCUCACCCGCCAUCUCGAGCCUGAUGCCCAUUAGCAGCCUGAGUCACUUGCACCACUCGGCCGCCGCCGGCCAGGAUCUGGUCGGUGGCUACUCCCAGCAUCCCCACCACGGGGUGGUGCCGCCGCAUACGCCCAAGCACGAGCCGCUCGAGAAACUCAGAAGCUUGUUCUUUUCAGUUUGGGCCGAAACUGGCGAUUUUCGUGAUAGUCAUAGCUCCAUGACCGCCGUAGCAAAUAGUUUGGAUAGCACCCACUUGAACAACUUUCAGACGUCAUCGACAUCCUCGCUAACGAACCGGAAUCGGGAUCGCAAAGAUGGCAAUCGCAGUGUAAACGAGACCACCAUCAAGACGGAGAAUAUAUCCAGCUCCGGGCAUGACGAACCAAUGACCACCAGUGGCGAGGAGCCAAAGAAUGACAAGAAAAACAAACGCCAGAGGCGCCAGCGAACCCACUUCACCUCGCAGCAGCUGCAGGAACUGGAGCACACAUUCAGCCGGAAUCGGUAUCCGGACAUGUCCACACGCGAGGAGAUCGCCAUGUGGACCAACCUCACGGAGGCCAGAGUUAGGGUGUGGUUUAAGAACCGUCGGGCCAAGUGGCGCAAACGGGAGCGCAACGCCAUGAACGCGGCAGUGGCGGCGGCGGACUUCAAGUCCGGAUUUGGAACCCAGUUCAUGCAGCCAUUCGCCGAUGACUCGCUGUACAGCUCGUAUCCGUACAACAACUGGACUAAGGUGCCCUCGCCGCUGGGCACAAAGCCGUUCCCCUGGCCGGUCAAUCCCCUCGGAUCGAUGGUGGCCGGCAAUCACCAUCAGAACUCGGUGAACUGCUUCAACACGGGGGCCAGCGGGGUGGCGGUAAGCAUGAACAACGCCUCGAUGCUGCCGGGGUCGAUGGGGUCGACGCUCUCCAACUCGACGAAUGUGGGGGCGGUGGGCGCCCCCUGCCCGUACACCACCCCCGCCAAUCCGUACAUGUACCGGGCCGCUGCCGAGCCGUGCAUGUCCUCCAGCAUGUCCUCGAGCAUCGCCACGCUCCGGCUAAAGGCCAAGCAGCAUGCCUCCGCCGGGUUCGGUAGCCCCUACUCCGCCCCCUCGCCGGUGUCGCGAUCGAACUCCGCCGGACUCUCCGCCUGCCAGUACACGGGCGUGGGCGUGACGGACGUAGUCUGAGAAAACGCUCUGGGUGCCCUGCUCAACCAGCACCAGCACCACUUGCAGCACUUCUCGGGGGGAUCCGGGGUCAAUUCCGGAGUGUCGCACAACGGAAUGCAGCAGCACGGCGGCAACAUGUUGCACCACAACAGCAAUAGCGGCAGCCUCCUGCUGGACCACUCUGAUCUGGGCCUGGGGGUGUCUGCCGUGUCCGCCGGCGGCAAUCCGGACGAGGGCAACCACAACAGUCUGGAGGGCAACAACAAGUCCCCGCUGGACGCACACGGCACGCCCCUGGCCAACAGCAACGACAACGAUGACGAGGACGUCAUCGAUUGAAGGAUCUACUUAAAUCAAACUAAAGGCAGAAACCCUAGACCUAAGCAUUCAUUAUUAAUUUAGAUGUUACAAUUAAAGAUUAAAUUAAUAUAAUAGUUCGAGAAAAGGAGAGUAGGAGUAACCCCAAUCCAAAGAGCAAAUUUUUUGAGAACAAUAAUUAAAUUAAACCAAACAAAAAAAAGAAAGAGAAAUGGAUAAUCGAGGUAUUGAAAUUCUGUUUUAUUUGUGUUGAGAUUAAAUGCUAAUUACGUUCUAAAUCCCCCAGCUGAGAGAAACCAAAACAGAAAUUAAGUGUUUUUGUAAAUAAAAGCAAAUAUGUAGUUAUAGGGAGCCGCAGCCUAACUAAUCAACCAAAUAGCCAGCCCAAAGAACAUACGAUUAUAAUCAACUGUCCUAGUUCCGAUUUCCGUUCCCCAUCUUAUAUCUUAAAAUAUAUAAAUAUAAAUAUAUAUGCAAGAAACGUAUCAAGAUUGUAAACAAGCUUAAGCUGAUAAGCCUAAAACUAAACACAAAACUAAAACUAUAUCAAAGCAGUAGCAGUUUUUAAGGAGUUGUCUAGUCGUAUUGAAAUCCGCCGGAGUCGCGCCCGCAAUGUCAUAUAUGUACUUGUCGGUCUGUAUAUGUACAUGUAGAUCCCCACUAAAGAGCCCCUUAUAAAUAUAAACUAUUUAAUAAUUGUACACUUAAUAUUACUAGUUAUAGAAAUUGA